GGAAAAAAUAAAGAAAAAGAAAAAUUCUUCUUCACGUCGCCCCAUCGUAUUGCAGGCAUCAGACGAGACGAAUUUUCUUUAUUUCCCGUCUCCAAAAGUCUUGGUUUGCGGGUUUUGGUGUGGGGUCUUGUAGUUAUUGUAGGUAAAGCAAUACCGAAAUGAAAUUUCCAACUGUCGUAGUAUUUUUCUUGCGAAUGGCAUAUAUUUGGGCAUUGACAACGUUGGUUUGUGAAUGGUUUUGAAUCUCGAAGAAUGAUAAAAAAUUUACAAAUAUAAAGCAAAGGCAAAGAGAAUGCUGGAAAGAGUGGUUCAUCAGGUGUUACUGGGAUAUCUUGGGCGAUACGUGAAGGAUUUCUCAAAGGACCAAGUGAAGGUUACUCUCUGGAACAUCGAGGUUGAAUUGAAGGACAUAGACCUUAUUCUCGAAGCCUUCGACUACCUGCAGUUGCCUUUUGCUCUUAAGCAAGGUCGAGUUGGGAGACUAAGCAUUAAGGUUCCUUGGAAUUUGAUUGGGGGUGAACCCAUUCUUAUUGCUUUGGAGAAUGUUUUCUUUUCUGUAUCCCAGAGGGAUGACCAUGAGUGGAGAAUGGAUGCCGUUGAAACAAGAGAACUUGCCGGCAAGAAGGCUAAGCUGGCUGCCGCCGAGCUUGCUAAACUCUCAAGACGUGUUUGCGAUAAUAAAGGAGGGUGGUCAUUCAUUCCCUUCGUUACUGCAAAGGUUCUUGAGAAUAUCCAAGUGUCCAUUAGAAAUUUCCAUGUCUUAUAUAGUGAUAUGCAAUCCGAUUCAGAACAGUUUAUGUUUGGUUUAAGAUUUUCUAGCUUGACAAUGUUAAAGCAAAAUCCGAUUGGACUGAGAAUGGGUCAGGUGAGCAAAAUUGUGGAGAUUGAAGGUUUAGAAAUUUAUUGUAGCAUCUCCAAGGAAGCUGCCAAUGUUUUGAGCCUGAACCAAGUUGAGGAUUCCAAACCCUGGUGCAAUUCACACUUUGUUGGUGAUAAGUCUGAUCAUAUAUUAGAGCCUGUCAAUGUAUCACUGUCUCUUUUGGUGAACAGAUCAGGAAAACUUAAUGAUUUGCCACAGUAUUCUAUAAGUGCUAAGAUAACCUGUUUGGUUGUGUCUUUGAAUGAGAUUCAGUUGCAGCAAAUUUUGAUCCUUUCAGAUUACUUAAGCACAAGCCAGUUAAGAGAGAAGUAUGGACGUUACCGGCCAUGGUAUUGCCCUUUGUCAAGAAAAGAAGAUGGCUGGCAAAAAUUGUGGUGGCAUUAUGCCCAAGAAUCUAUUUUAUCAGAUGUCCGUGAGAAAUUAAAGAAGACUUCGUGGAGAUACCUUGGACAGCGAUUGAGUAAUCGUCGGAAGUAUGUUAAUUUAUACAAGACUAAAUUAGAGUUUCUUCAACAAGACCAGCCAAUUGAUGAAUCUAUCAUUCGGGAAUUGGAACAAAUGGAGAAAGAAUCUGAUAUUGAUGAUAUUUUAAGUUAUAGGUCUGCUGCGGAACAUGAACUGCAGGAAGUUUUAUCAAAGCCUUCAACAGCCAAUAUCUCUGUCGAGAAGUCAAGACAAGAUGGCCAGUCAUCUGGCAAGUCUCGUGGAUGGUUGAACUGGUUGUCCCGUGGUAUGCUUGGUGCCGGAGGAACAGAUGAUUCUAGUCAGUUCUCUGGUGUUGUUUCUGAUGAAGAUGUACAGGAUAUAUAUGAGGCCACAAAGUUCUAUCCUCCGGUUUUUUCUGCGGUGGAUGCCGACACAAAUGAAAAGAUGUAUACACGGGUAAUCGAGUUCAGCAUAGAUGAAAUUUCUGCAACAUUAUGGAGCAUGAACUUCUGUCAGGAAAUUGCUAAGUUGAAUCUUCAUGAGGCAGUUAUCAAGUGCAACCUACAGGAAGAAUUGGGAACUGUGAUUGCUUUUGUUAAGUCAGGAGAGAUGGGUAAUGCAAGCAAUAAGAACGUGAUUCGAUUAAUGUCCUGUAUGGAGAAAAAUGCUGGGGAAGAUCUGCCUUUGUACAGAGUUCAAGUAGACUUGUCCCCUAAGGAAGAUGUGGAAUUGUCAGUGAAUGUCAUGCUUCAGUCACUUGAGGUUGCUUAUGAAACAACAUUUUUUCGGGAUGUCACAGAAUUUUUCACUGUUGUCAAAUCCUUUGAAUUUCAGCAUGAAAGGGUCUUGUCAUCACUGAAUGGGAUUGAAGAUGUUAAGUCGCGAUUGUUAGCAAAAGCUGAAUACAUCCUAUCAGCUCAUAAGAAGGUGACAUGGAAUGUUAGUAUCACCAACAUUAUGAUAAAUAUUCCCUUGAGAAAUGCGGUUUCAGAAGAGUUUAACAUGGUUUUUGAUUUGGGAUCUCUUCUUUUCGCAUCUAAACCUGAGCUAGGCUCUCAUGGUUCUAGUAUUGAAGGGCAAUCAUUUUUCCAGAAGAACUCACUUGAUUUUGCCUUCUCCUCUGAUUGGUUAACAAGUUUUCAGCUUCAACAUCUUUAUAAUUACUUUGAGACCAAACUAGUUGAUUUUGAGGUGAAGCUGGUGGAGCCUAAUUAUCUCCAAACAAUCUCAAUUGUGAAAAAGUUUUGUGCUUGUAUUACCUUGGCAUCUUGCAUUAUUCCAAAUGAAUCAAGACUGAAACAAUUGGAGGUAUAUGUUGCUGUAUCAUCGCUUGAUGCUAACUUUUCUCUAUCAAUAUAUGAGUCAGUCAUUGCACUGGUAGUGCUUCUUAAUAUACAAUGGUCAAGAUCUGAACCUGCCAUGCUGGAAAACCCAAAUUCACUUAAUACCGUAUCAAGUCACCCGGGAGCUCCUCUUUUUGGUUUCAGUGUAACUGCAAACAUCAAAUCAGCCAAUUUUCUUGUUGAUCUUGCAAAUGAUGGAGAAAAUAGCUCUUUCAUCACGCUUGCUCUAAAAAAUCUAGAUGUGUGGUAUUCUCUUAUCGACUAUGAGAGGUGCUGGAUCUGUUUGAAAGCAGUGGAGGUUACUGCACAUACAUUGAGUGGUGAAAACAAUAACCAUGUUUUAUGCUCGCUUGGGGAUGUAUCUGCCUUAAAUACUGCAAAUCAGUAUGAUAUGGCCAUUAAACUUGGUGAUGCAAGUAAUAACCUUUGUGAAAAGAAUAAAUCUACUGAGGCUUGUUUUCUUUUACACUAUGAAGCUCAUGGGAACAUAGAUUUCAUAAAUCACAAGUUCACAGUAUACUUGAAUAAUGCUGACCUCCAUUGCUACCCGUAUAUUUUUGGAUUGUUGGUUGGGUUUUAUGAUAGAAUAUGUUCAUCAAGCCCAUUUAAUGCUGCUGAGAACUCUUUGGGCCCCACUUUUGAUGCUCAAAGUACAAAAAAGAUGCCAGGUUUUCAGUUCCAAAGGUUUGGUUUCUCAAACUUCUCUGAAAUAGGAACAUCUGAUUAUGCGAGCAUAUCGUUGGAUUGUUUUCCAUUUGUUACAAUACAUAAUUCAGGUUCCCUUGGUAGCCCUGAUAGUUCACUUCGUUAUUCCAUUCCCGACUGGAGGAAGUUAUUUAAUUUAAGAGAUAAAAAAUUAAGAAGCCCAAAUUGCAAUUUGAAGAAGGGGUCUAACCCUUUUCAUCCCUCACCACUAAAAUCCAAAAUGGAUAUGGUUGCAUUUCCUGUGUCAGGGAGUUCUACUGAUGCAAAUUUAUAUGCUAUUGACAUCAAUCUUUCAGGAGUUAAACUUCAUUUCCAUGAUUCCUCUUGUAUUGUUGGAACAAUCACAUUGCCAACCUCUAAAUCUUCCAUUAACAUUUUUGAUGAUUGUAUGGAUCUGGUUUCUUCCUCUGAAGGAGUGAUUCUCACAUCAUCAUGGUGGACCAAUAAUUUACAUGAAUUUUUGUGGGGUCCUUCAUUACCAAAUCUUUCUCCAAUCUUAAAUAUACGUGUGAGGAAAGGGAGUUUUGGAUCGCUAAGUUCGCCGCUUGAAGUUAGCUUUGGAAUUCAGCAUGCAUGUUGUAUUUUACCAUUCCAAUACUUGGCCAUCAUAAUUGGUUACUUUUCACUGCCUGAUUGGAGUUCAAAAUCUAGUAUGCAGCCUGUAAGCAAAAAUAUUGAGUCCAUGGAUAGCCAAAGUGAGAAUGCUAUCAUUUAUAAGUUUGAGGUUCUGGAAUCCACUUUGAUUUUGCCUGUAGAAAGUGACGACCAUCAGUUCCUGAAGACAGAAAUUCAGCAGCUAUAUGGUAGUUUCAUUGAUGAGUGUGCUUUAAGUGAUGUAUUGAAGGACAUUCCACCUGAAUAUGUGGUUCCAGAAAAUAAAGUUGCAAGAACAAAUCAUUGUCUAAAUAUUUUUGGACGAGAUUUGUCUCUAUCAUUGUUGUUGUUUGAGGAUGAUCACAUAACAUUUAUCCCAGGCAAUAAACCGAGAAAUUUCUCUUUGAUAACACCAUUUAGUGCUGAUGUUUGGAUCAGAAUACCUAGUGAAACAGAAUCCUUUUCUGCAAGAUCUUCUGAUUCCACAUGUAUCAUGGCAAGGAUUGGCAUUUGUCAAGUUUUUGUUGAUGAUUUUUACUUCAUUGGUGGAUUUGAAGCAUUAUUGGAAAUCAUAGACCUGUUUUCCUUUGUUCAGGAUGAGUCAAAAAGUUACAUGUCUGAUGUUUUACAGUUUCUACAGUCAAAGAGGUUGCGAAAGGAAAAAAGGGCAGUUUCACUUCUAGAUUCUGCCAUGACCUUUACUGAAGUCAGAUGUUAUGUUGAAUCACUCUUGAUACAAUUGAAUCGCUUGGGAAAAGACCUCAUUUUACUGGAACCAAUCGCUAAAGCUGAAAUGAACUUUAUUUGCUCCAUGUCGCUGAUAAAUGAGACACCUAGAAGCUUGGAUUUAAGUUUUUUCUCUUUAGCAUUAUCUUCAUUGCUAAAUUCGGUUAUACUUGCACAUUGCACUAAUACUUGCUCAACCUCAUUAGUUCUUGAUCUUUCUCUCUCAAAAUCUGAUCAAUGUCAAAGUGAAUUCCGUAUUGGUCUUCCUUCUCUUGAUAUCUGGCUGCAUUGUUCAGAAUGGACCGAGGUCCUUGACUUGUAUAAUUCCUACGGGCGAAGAGUUGUCAAAACUGCAAAGUUGGAUUCUUCAUCAGGGAGUUUAGCUGUGAAUACAAUUUGUCCAGUUCAAAAUGUAUCAGAAUCUGUUCCUCAAAUUUCUGUUAAAAAGUCAGGUGCCUCAACUUAUAGUGCGGCACUGAGCAUGAUGCAGGAAACAGUUGUUAUUGUGAGGUCAGAAGAUAUUGGCAUUACAUUUCAUCUUCCAAUACAUGUCACUAAAGAAGCAUGUACUGAAUUGGUGUUCAAUGAAGAAGGGCCACAGAAAGUUCCAUCUACUGGUAUUGAAGGGAAGCAUUGUAAACUUUUGACAUUUACGAUGCACAGCAAAAACAGUGAACUAAUUAUUUCUGGUAAAAAUGCAAAGUUAAAGUGCAUUUUGGACAAAACCGGUGGUACUGUGGGGUUUCAAGGCAAUGAAAAUGUCAAUUCUUGGCCUCUCUUCCAGAUAUUUCAAGUUAGUGUGGAGACUGAGAUAUGCAAUAUUCAGGAAAAGCCAGUGCAUUUCAAUCUGGGGGUUCAAUGUGAACGGCUAGACGUAUGGCUUUCGCAUCAAACAUUCUUUUUCUUGCAUGAUGUAAGGUUUGAUGUUCCUGGAUCAAGAUCUUCUCGGUAUAACUUUGGAAGUAUGGAAUUUAAGAUCCAGCUAAGGAAGGGUUCUCUUCUGCUAUCUGAUGGAAGGUGGAGUUGUAGUGGACCUCUUUUAGAAAUUCUUCUCAGUAACUUCCUGUUAUGUGCUAAUAUGACUCAAAACAGCAUGGAGAGUGCAGUUGCAUGUGAUCUUCAAGUGAAUUACAAUAACAUUCAGAAGGUCUUCUGGGAGCCUUUUCUUGAGCCUUGGAAGUUUGAGAUGGAGAUAAUUAGGAAAAAAGAGCUGAAUGCUCUGCUAGACAACUCUAUUAUUACUGAUGUCCAUCUCCUAUCGACAGGACAGCUUAACUUCAACUUUACAGAAUCCCUAAUUGAGACUGUUUUCAGGACAAUUGAAAUGCUUAAGGAUGCCUGGGGGUUUGUGGAACAAGAUUUUUCUGAAAAGCAAAGAUAUCUAAAUCCUCAGCUCACUGAAAAUGUAUCUGGAGGAAGAUAUGCUCCCUAUAUACUUCAAAAUCUGACUUCUUCGCCUCUAGUAUAUCGGGUUUAUCAAGGACUGGCUGAUUCUGAUCAGUUUGAUGUCUCAAAAGAAAAGGAUGGAAAAAUUGUGCAGCCUGGUGCUGCUGUUCCAAUUUAUCUUAAUGACACUCCAGUGGAACAACUUUUUGGUUAUCGGCCUACUUGUUCUUCUGACAAUCUCACUGAGAGGCAAUCAAAUGGGGUGGCUCAUCAUUUAAUGACUAUUCAGCUCGAUGGCAUGUCUGUGCCUUCUGCUUCUGUUUCAAUGGAUCUUGUUGGACUUACAUAUUUUGAAGUUGAUUUUUCAAAUACUUCACAGUACAACGUAAACACGAAAGAAAAUGGUGUAGUUGAUGCCAAGAAUGGUUUUGUUGUCCCUGUUGUGUUUGAUGUUUCAAUGCUGCGAUAUAGCAAGCUAAUACGAUUGUACUCAACGGUGAUAAUUCUAAAUGCCACUUCAAUGCCAUUGGAACUACGGUUUGAUAUUCCAUUUGGUAUAUCACCAAAGAUACUAGACCCAGUGUAUCCUGGUCAAGAGUUCCCACUGCCCCUCCAUUUGGCUGAAGCCGGUCGCAUGCGGUGGCGUCCACUUGGAAAUUCUUACCUGUGGAGUGAAGCACACAAUGUCUCUGAUCUUCUCUCCUCAGAAAGCAAAAUUGGAUUUCUCAGGUCUUUUGUAUGUUAUCCAUCUCAUCCAAGCAGUGACCCAUUUCGCUGUUGCUUAUCACUUCAGCACAUUAGCUUACCUGCAGCUGACAGACUAAAGAAGAGCCCAGUGAGUCAUGUUGAUCAUACUCUAAACCAGUCAAUUCAAAGUUGCAGUAAAAUGCUAAAUGGUCAGGGCAAGUCAAAAAAUCGAUUUAUUCAUCAAAUGACUCUAAGCACUCCGUUAGUCAUUAACAACUAUCUUCCUGAGGCAAUAUCAUUGACAAUUGAAAGUGGUGGAAUUACUCGUACUACUUUGCUUUCAAAGGUAGUCACUUUCUUUCAUCAUGUUGAUCUUUCACAUGACUUGUUACUGGAGUUCAGUAUGCAUGGAUAUAGACCUUCAGUCAUUAAGUUUCCUCGUACAGAAACAUUCAGUAGCACUGCUAAGUUCAGUGGGACGAAGUUCUGUCAGUCUGAAACCAUGACCUUUGAUCCUGAUAUGUGUAAUGGCGCAAUUUAUGUAACUGUGGAAAAGAUGAUGGAUGCUUUCUCUGGUGCUCGAGAACUUUUCAUCUAUGUUCCCUUUCUGUUAUAUAACUGCACAGCAUUCCCACUUAUUAUUUCAGAGUUCACCAAUGAAAUGGAUGGAACUGUCUGUACUUUACCUUCCUGCUACAAUCAAGUUGAUGACGAACUGUUUCAAGGCAGAAGAGAUGGUCUCAGCCUUUUAUUGUCUGACCAACAUUCAUAUGUUGGGGCUCCACAAAUUGACAAUUUGGGCUGUUCAUUGUUGAAAGAUCACAUUGUUUCAACUAGAAAAACCGUUGAUCCACUGUUUGGAAGAUUUUUAAAAAAUCCCUUGAUUUCAUUUUCUCAGAAGCAAACUGACCAACAUGAUUUGGUGGACCAGAAAACUUCUUCAAAUAUUCUGAAGAAUCAAUUGUGUUCAAGCACUCAGUCAUUGUCAGGGAAUAAUGACUAUGUGGAGAAAGAGUGUGGAAUGGUUAAGGCAUGCAUAUUUUCUCCUCAUAAUAUUUCUGCUGCAAGUGAAAUUGUCGUUUGCAUAGGUAAUUGUCAUCAUGGACAUAUUUCAGAAAAUAUACCUAAUUCUCCAUGGUCAGGGCCCUUUCCUCUUGUUCCACCAAGUGGUUCAACGACUGUUCUUGUUCGACAGCCAUCAUCAAAUGCAACGUUUAUAUUAUCUGUCACAUCUAGUGCUAUUGCUGGACCAUUUGCUGGGAGGACACGGGCCAUUACUUUUCAGCCGAGAUAUGUCAUCAGUAAUGCAUGCAGCAAGGACAUUUAUUAUAAGCAGAAGGGAACUGAUAUUGUCUAUCAUUUGGGUGUGGGGCAACAUUCACAGCUUCACUGGACAGAUACAACAAGGGAGUUAUUGAUUUCCAUGCUUUUUGAUGAACCUGGCUGGCAAUGGUCUGGCAGCUUCUUGCCAGAUCAUCUUGGUGACACUCAAGUGAAAACAAGGAACUAUGCUUCUGGUGCCAUGAAUAUGAUUCGGGUGGAGGUACAGAAUGCUGAUGUUUCCGUCAGGGAUGAGAUUGUUGGAAGCCUCCAGGGGAGUUCUGGAACAAACUUGAUUCUCUUAUCAGAGGAUGAUACAGGAUAUAUGCCAUACAGAAUUGAUAAUUUCUCAAAGGAGAGACUAAGGAUUUACCAACAAAGGUGUGAAUCACUUGACACCAUUGUUCACCCAUACACGUCCUGCCCUUAUGCAUGGGAUGAACCCUACUAUCCUCAUCGUGUCACUAUUGAGGUGCCAGGAGAGCGAAUUGUGGGUUCUUUUUCUCUAGAUGAUUUGAAAGAGUACAUGCCUGUACAUCUACAGUCAACUUCUGAGAAGCCGGAGAGGAUGUUGCUUUUAUCUGUACGUGCUGAGGGUGCAACAAAGGUUCUCAGCAUUAUUGAUUCAACUUAUCAUAUUCUGAAAGACAUGGAGGAUCACAGUACCAUCAGGUUCCAAGAAAAACAAAAACAAGAGGAGAAACAGGAGAAAUCUGUUGAUUAUAAGGAGAAAUUUUCACUUACUAUUCCUUACAUGGGUAUUUCCUUGGUUAAUUCUUAUCCGCAGGAACUGCUUUUUGCCUCUGCAAAAAAUAUAAAAAUUGAUUUGCUUCAGAGCGUGGACCACCAAAAGCUUUCUUUUCAGAUCUCUUCACUGCAAAUAGAUAAUCAACUGCAUAAUACCCCUUAUCCUGUUAUCCUUUCCUUUAAUAGUGACUACAGAAGCCACCAAGUUGGCCAGAUAACUAAGGAUGAUGGCCCAAAAUCUAAAGCUGAAAGAGGAUUACAAAUUUCUUCUGACUCUUCGUUUGAACCUGUAUUCUACCUAGCUGUGGCAAAGUGGAGGAGGAAAGAUGUUUCAUUGGUUUCAUUUGAAUAUAUAAGCUUAAGAGUGGCAGAUUUUUGCCUUGAGCUUGAGCAGGAAGUGAUACUGAGCUUGCUUUACUUCUUCAAAGCUGUCUCUCCAGGUCUUCAGAGUCAAGUCUUGCCAUUUUCUGAUCCUAUAUACAAUGUGGGCUUUGCGCAUGGUCAAACAUGUGAGCAUGUGAAAGCAAGAGAACAGCUACAUGGAACUGGUACUCCUGUGCUCAGUAAAAGUGAUGAAACUGGUGGAUUAUUACCUUUAAUAGUUCCACUAGGAGCUCCUUGGCAGCAAAUUCACCUUUUGGCCAGAAGACACAGGAAGAUUUAUGUGGAAUCAUUUGAUUUGGCUCCUAUAAAGUUUACUCUGAGCUUUUCUAGUUCUCCUUGGAUGCUUAGGAAUGGGGUUCUUACAUCAGGAGAAUCUCUUAUCCAUAGAGGUCUUAUGGCCCUUGCUGAUGUAGAGGGAGCAAGAAUUCAUCUCAAACAGUUGUCAAUCAUGCAUCAAAUGGCUAGUUGGGAAUCCAUUCAGGAGAUCCUCAUUAGGCACUACACUCGGCAACUACUCCAUGAGAUGUACAAGGUGUUUGGCUCUGCUGGUGUUAUAGGUAAUCCCAUGGGAUUUGCCAGGAGUCUAGGCGUUGGAAUUAGAGAUUUUUUAGCAGUUCCUGCCAAGAGUAUUUUGAAGAGUCCCACUGGACUUAUCACAGGCAUGGCUCAAGGUACUACUAGUCUUCUGAGCAAUACAGUCUAUGCGCUAAGUGAUGCUGCCACUCAGUUCAGUAAAGCUGCGCACAAGGGUAUUGUUGCAUUUACAUUUGAUGACCAGGCUGUUGCAAGAAUGGAAAAGCAAUUGAAGGGGGAAGCUUCACACAGUAAAGGCAUAAUAAAUGAAGUCUUUGAGGGACUUACUGGCCUCCUUCAAUCACCGGUUAAAGAAGCAGAGAAACAUGGCCUUCCUGGCAUCCUCUCAGGAAUAGCCUUGGGAGUAACAGGACUAGUGGGAAGACCAGCUGCAAGUAUACUUGAGGUUACUGGAAGAACUGCACAGAGUAUUAGAAACAGAAGCAGAGUAUACCAUAUGGGAUCACAACAGUACAGAGUUCGUUUUCCAAGGCCCCUAAGUAGAGAGCUUCCUUUGAGACCUUACUCUUGGGAAGAAGCUGUUGGGAUAUCAGUGCUUACUGAAGCUGAUGAUGGCAAGCUCAAGGAUGAGGUGUAUGUCAUGUGCAAAGCACUGAGAAAACCUGGUAAAUUUGUCAUCGUGACCGAGAGACUUGUGUUGGUUGUUAAUUGCCCAAGUCUGGUGGACUUUGAGAAACCUGAAUUUCGAGGUGUUGCAGUAGAUCCAGAGUGGGUGAUAGAAACAGAAAUUAGCCUGCAUAGUGUAAUCCACACUGAUGCUGAUGACGGAGUGGUACAUAUUGUUGGAAGCAGUUCAGAUGCUUUAUUAAGACAGAAGCAGCAGCUGUCUAGGAAGGGUGGUGGGACGAGGAAGCGAUGGAAUAAUCCAUCAACUCCUCUACCACUCUUUCAGACCAACUUGGAAGUGGCAUCAGAGGGAGAUGCAGAAGACUUUUUACUGGUUUUGCUGUCUACAAUUGAACAGGGGAAAGAGCAUGGGGGUAGAGGAUAUCUACUGCACCGAAAUAACAUCAAGUAGGUAGAUUUGCAUCAUUUUCGUUCCUUGUUAACCCAAAAAGUAAAAGGAGAAAAUGGGUAAUGUCCCAAUAGAGGUUAAAAAAAUUUUAACCUUUUUUUUUUCAAAAAAAAAGAGAAGAAAUUGGGGGGAAUUGGGAAAAUAGCUAUAAAUAGAAGAAGGGAAAAGCAUAUUCUUUUCACUACUGCAAUUAUUAGUGCAUCCUCUUCUUGUACAGAAUUAUAAUGUACAGUAAUGUAGUGCUAAGUGCAUUUCAGUCUCAACAUCUGUUAUUAUUA